AUGAAAGAAGAUGCCGUGGAAGAAGUUGGCCAAGAUGAUUCCGAUAGUGACAACGCAGAUACGGAAGCUCUUACCAGGAGAAUGAAACACGAAGAAAAACAAUUGCUUUUCUUAUUUCUACUCGCCAUCGUCUCCAAUGGCAUGUUCCACCGACGAAGUCUAGCGAUGCUUCGGUGCAAAGGAGUGUUUCCCAGGAGUAUAUCUCGUUUAUGGUAG